AAAAUGGCGAACAAAAGUCAAUUCCAGCCAGCGAUAUCAGAUAUGGACCCCGAAUUGAAGAAAAGCAAAAUCAAGUCAAUUUACAAGAACUUGAUGGUGCUGUCCUUCUCAUUCAUGUUCAUAAUGACUGCCUUCAUGUCUCUACAAAGUUUGCAGAGUAGCUUAAAUCGUGAAGCAGGAGUUGGAGUCAUAUCACUUAGUUGCCUUUAUGGUGGUGCCUUGUUCUCCUGCAUGUUUGCACCAGUACUUAUCAAAAAAUUCGGACCAAAAUGGUGCCUCAGUUUUGGCUGGCUGACACAAUGUAUUUUCACAAGCGCUAACUUUUACCCUAAAAUGUAUACUUUAGUCCCAGCCGGUGCGAUUCUUGGUAUUGGAACUGGACUCAUCUGGACAUCACAGGGUGUGUACCUAACUACAAUUGCUCUAGAGUUUGCAUCAAUCAGCCGGGAAACGGGACCGUCAGUUAUGAGUCGUUUUAAUGGAAUAUUUUUCAUGAUUUUUCAAAGUACUCAGAUUUGGGGAAACCUGAUCUCUUCACUUAUACUUCACACAUCGGGAGAAAAUGAUAUUUCACCGGAAAACUUCACUGAGAUUGUGCACUUGAACCAGACAGACGUAACACAACUGAACCAAACAUAUAUAACACAACUGGACCAAAUAUAUGUACCACAAUUGAACCAAACAUAUGUAACGCACAAGGAAGAUUCUUUCCAAAAUGAAAUAACCCGAUGUGGUGCUAAGUUUUGUCCAUUUGAACAGAGCACAAAUGGAACUGCCUUCACGGCACCACCAAAGAAUAUUGUCUAUACACUUAUGGGAAUUUUCCUCAGUUGUGGAAUUGCAGGAACAUGUCUCACUGUAUUUUUCCUGUCACGUCUACCUCAAAAGAGUUCUCGUGAGAUCUCAGAGGAAGAAGAUCUGACACUAUGCGAGAGGUUGAGUUCUACAUUCCAGCUAUUGGUGAAAGAUGUCCGUAUGCCACUUCUCGCUGCUCUGUGCUUCUACACGGGCACUGAACAGGCCUUAAUGUACGGCGACUUCACACAGUCUUUUAUAGGAUGUGAACUUGGAGUUGGCUGGGUUGGAUACAUAAUGAUAUGUUUGGGAGUUUGUAAUGCAACGUUUGCUUUCAUACUGGGCCGAUUGGAAAAAUACACCGGCAGACCAGCCCUGUUUGUCUCCGCCACUGUGAUUAACGUUGCGCUGAUGCUUACGAUGUUAAUGUGGACGCCAGAUAAGCAACAAAUGUACGUGUUCUUCAUUAUUCCUGCACUCUGGGGAGCUUGUGAUGCUGUGUGGCAAAGUCAGACCAGUGCCCUGUUAGGAGUAUUAUUCUCCAGUCAAAAAGAAGCAGCGUUCGCCAAUUUCCGCUUGUGGCAGAAUCUUGCUCAAACCAUCGCCUUCGCCACCAGUGGACUAAUGUGCAUGAGCGUCAAAGUCAUCAUUGCCAUCACCCUGGCGUGCAUUUCUCUCGCUCUCUACAUCGUGGUUGAGGUGAAGGAAAAAAUGAGUGGAAAAAUGAGCUCACGGAGAUCCACAAGCGCUUAUUCAAAACCGCCAGAACAAGGCCUGGUGACAAUAAAACAAGCCGGGGAUUACUGACGAUGUUGAGAUUGCAUUUUUUUAAUAUACAAGUACAAUCAUUUAACAGACAGAGACUACUUAUUUUUCUCAAGUAUAGCAAAGAGAAUCAUUUAUGAUUCUGAUAAAAAGAUAUUUCUUUUGAGUUUACAUUUCGUAACUCCCUAUGCAAAGUAAUUAUAAAAUCGGGCAUUCAAGCGGUCGCUAUUAUAAAUCUAAUAUGAUUGAAACUCUAUAAACAAGCUCAGUAGUAGCCUUUUAAAGCCAUAAACCAUUAAUAAACAAGACAUCUCGAGUACCAUAGAAUUGAUGAGACCCUCAAUAAAAAUGUACGACAUUUGGGCAAGGCCGGUAUUUCAUUAAUACAUUUACAAAAAAUACUAUAUACGUUUUUGUAAAGAAAAACAUGUUUUGUUACUUAGAAACUUUAAUUUAAUUUAACAA